UCGGGGUGCACCAUGUGUCCUGCUGGGCAGUUUUGCGGUUCGGUGGGCCUGAGUAGACCAUCUGGACCCUGCCGAGAGGGGUUCUACUGCCCUGCCGGAGCGUCGUCAUCCACUGGUUCUGAUUCUGAAGGUGGCCUCUGUCCUCAAGAGCACUUCUGCCCCACUGGCAGUGCCGUGCCUGUUCCCUGCCCUGCGGGCACUUAUACCAACCUGACAGGACAGAUUAAGUGCAGUUCCUGUCACGCUGGAUACUAUUGUCCAGAGAGUACCAGCAAAUACACUCUGUACCCCUGUCCUCCUGGAUUCUACUGCCCUGAUGGAACAAAACAUGCCACCCAGUUCCCCUGCCCACGAGGCUAUUACAACCCUGAGCCGAUGACCCACAGCCUGGACAGCUGCUUGCCCUGUCCUCCAGGCCACUACUGUGAGAAAGAGCACCUGUCCGCUGUGUCAGGGAAAUGUAAAGCUGGAUGGUUCUGUGUAUCUGCUGCCUGGAACGCUCAGCCCUUUGACCUGGACAACUACACUAACGCUAACUGCCUAUGCCCUGCUUCCUCCACCGGGGGCAGAUGCCAGGAGGGGUUUUACUGUCCAUCAGGGACCUCUGAGCCUCUACCUUGCCCUCCAGGAGCUUUCUGCAAUGCAACCGGUCUAGCCCUGCCGAGUGGGCCGUGCUCUCCUGGGUAUUACUGCACGAGAGAAGCCACUUCCUCCAGGCCUAUAGAUGGCAUUACAGGCAACAUCUGCCCUCCAGGGACUUACUGUGGUAAGAAUUGGGUUAUUCAGAUGUUGCUGAUUUAUGUCUCUUAA